UGAGGUGACUGCUGCUGCGGCUGCUGCUGCUGAACCAGUUCUGUCCUGCCCUAGUGAUGCCCUACUAGCCUGUGUUCCUUGGCUCCAGCCAAGAGUUUGCCUGAACCAGGAGCCAAGGGUGCUUUUGACUGCUCUGCUCCUCCAGGAGUUAAAUCUGCCAGUGGCAUUUCUCCCUCUCUGAGUCUGUGCAGCUGGAGCCUUGCCUGUUCUGUGGCUGCAUGUGCUGUGGCGAAAUUCCCAGUUGCUGCUCUGGAAACCAAUUGUGCCAGUGAAGAAUGUGCCGGCUCAGCGAAUCGGUCAGAAGAGUGUGAGGAGAUGAGAGAGAAGGCAUAGAGGGGAAUAAGGACGACACCAUGUCCGACAGCAAGGAAUGGGCCACACUCAGCCCAGAAGAGUUCACCCAGCUGCAGAAGUACCUUGAUUACAGUAGCAAAAAAGUACAGGAUGUUCUCCAGGAAUUUUAUGGAGAGGGUGAAUUGUCCCAACAUUUGCAAGGAGAUUCAAUAGAUUUUGAGGGCUUCAAGCUCUUCUUGAAAACCUACUUGGAGGCUGAGGAAAUCUCCAAUGAUCUUUGCUGCCACCUCUUCAUGUCUUUCCAGACUACAGCAGGACAAGCCACAACAGAGCCAGCCAGUGGUUUUGUUUGCGUCAAUGAUGUUUCUUGCUACUUCUCACUACUGGAAGGUGGACGUCCAGAAGACAAGCUGGAAUUCACCUUCAAGCUUUAUGAUAAAGAUGGGAAUGGCCUUCUCGACAGUUCAGAGGUGGAUCGCAUAAUUACACAGAUGAUGCGUGUGGCUGAAUAUUUGGAGUGGGAUGUCACUGAGCUUAAACCGAUCCUGCAGGAGAUGAUGCGAGAGAUUGACUAUGACGGCAGUGGUACAGUGUCUCUGUCUGAAUGGCUCCGCGGUGGAGCUACCACUGUCCCACUUCUGGUGCUGCUCGGACUGGAGGCUACCAUGAAGGAUGAUGGACAGCACCUCUGGCGCCUGAAGCACUUUAACCGUCCCGUUUACUGCAAUGUGUGUGAGACGCUGCUGCUUGGGCUGCGCAAGCAGGGCCUGCGCUGCACUUUUUGCAAGUUCACAGUGCAUGAGCGUUGUGCCCGAAAGGCCCCACCAAGCUGCAUCAGUACUUAUGCCAAGAGCCGCCGUGAUACCAGUGCACAAGCUCAUGUCUGGGUAAGAGGUGGUUGUGAUGGCAGUAAAUGUGACCGGUGUCAAAAGAAGAUCAAGAGUUUUCAGAGCUUGACAGGCGUGCACUGUGCGUGGUGCCAUCAGAAGAUCCAUGAUGAAUGCCUGCCUCUCAUGCCUUCAAUGUGUGAUUGUGGGAUCCUCAGAGACCACAUCCUGCCUCCCUCAGCUAUCUAUCCUGUUGUGCUGGAGCGCCAGAACAGCCAGAAGAACGGACUCUGUGGAACACCUUCAGAAGACCCGGCUCCGCCAUUUGUCACACCUGAAGGACAGGCAUUGCGAAUCAUCCCUGUACCUGACACUCACCCCUUGCUUGUCUUUGUCAAUCCCAAGAGUGGUGGGAAACAGGGAGAGAGGGUGCUGCGUAAAUUUCAAUAUCUCCUCAACCCACGGCAGGUCUACAACUUAGUGAAGGGUGGCCCUGGACCUGGGCUGAAUUUUUUCCGAGAUGUACCUGAUUUCCGUAUCCUAGUUUGUGGUGGUGAUGGCACUGUGGGCUGGAUCUUGGAUGCCAUUGAUAAAGCCAACCUACCCAGCCGACCUCCAGUGGCUGUGCUGCCUCUGGGAACUGGUAAUGAUCUUGCCCGCUGCCUUCGCUGGGGAGGAGGUUAUGAUGGUGAGAACCUAGUGAAGAUACUGAAAGAUAUUGAGGCAAGCAGCAUACUACAGAUGGACCGCUGGUCAGUGCAGGUGAUGCCUGAUAACCCUGACGAGAAAGGUGAUCCUGUCCCUUAUGAGAUCAUCAACAACUACUUCUCUAUUGGUGUAGAUGCCUCCAUUGCCCAUCGAUUCCAUGUUAUGAGGGAGAAAUACCCAGAAAAAUUCAAUAGCAGGAUGAAGAACAAGCUCUGGUAUUUUGAAUUCGCCACUUCUGAGACCAUCUUUGCCACAUGCAAAAAGCUGAAGGAGUGUCUGACUGUGGAGUGCUGUGGGCAGCCCGUUGAUCUCAGUGGAGCACUCUCUGGAAUAGCUAUACUCAACAUUCCCAGCAUGCAUGGAGGCUCCAACCUCUGGGGUGAGACCAAAAGACCUUUGGGGGAGGCAGCAGCACGAAGCACAGCAGGCGGAGCAGCACAGCCCCAAGUCAUCACUGAUGCUGAAAUCCUAAAGAACUGUGUACAAGACUUAGGUGAUUGUCGGAUGGAGGUGGUAGGCCUGGAGGGUGUGAUCGAGAUGGGGCAAAUCUACACCGGACUGAAGAGUGCAGGCAAACGCCUAGCCAAGUGCUCAGAGAUCACGCUGCGAACUCUCAAGCAUCUCCCCAUGCAGAUUGAUGGAGAGCCAUGGAUGCAAGCACCAUGCACGAUCAAGAUAAGCCACAAAAACCAAGCCCCGAUGCUCAUUGCACCACCUCCCCGAUCCUCCAGCUUUUUUGGCCUGAAGAAGGGACCACAAGAGGCUUAAAAGGAAGUCCUGUGCCUGCUCAGGAACAGCUGUCUCCAUGAUGAUGCCACUCCGAGGCCGUUCUCGGAAUGCCCAGAUGUUCUGCAUGGGGUGGGAUGCCCUCCUGCUCCACCACACACACACACACACACACACGUUGACAUGGGGCGUGUUUCUUGCUGCCUUGUACUUGACAAGGGUAGGAGGUGCUGCAGUCAGAGCCUUUGCUUCUACCGCAGAGAUCAGCCUGGCCAUUUCCCUGGUCUGGGGCAGGGGAACUUCAGCCAUCAGUCCUUUCACCUGGAGAGGCUGCUCAGGUUGCCUGUCCCUGCUAGGAGCCUCUUAAUGUGUGGAUGCCAAACCUCUUUUCCAUUGUCCACUGAAAAGCCCCGUAAGCCUCACAUUUUGCCUCUUGCACUUGAGGUAACUACUGAAAGAGUGGUGGCAUCAGUUCUCCUUCCCCCCACAUCUCCUCCUCUCUUUUAUUUAUUACAAAGCCAUUCCACAUUCCUCCACUUAACAGUUAUCAGAUGUGCCUCAGCAUAAUAAUAAAGGUUAGGCUUGAA